AAUGGCCGUCGAUUUCAUGGGCUAUAGAAACUUCUCCUCCGCCAAGCUCGAAGAAAACGCCGUCGUCCAGGAAGCCGCCUCCGGCCUCGAGAGCGUCGAGAAGCUCAUACGCCUGCUUUCGUCAUCUUCUUCGUCAUCCCAGCAGAAACAAGAUAGUAAUAAUAAUAACAAGUACCACCACUCCAUGGACAUGGACUGCACCGCCGUCGCCGACGCCGCCGUCUCCAAGUUCAAGAAAGUCAUUUCCCUCCUCGGCCGCACCCGCACCGGCCACGCCCGCUUCCGCCGCGCCCCUCUGGGACCCACUCAUGACUCCUCCUCCACUAGGGUCUACCAUGCGACGCCGAUCCAGCAGAUCCCUCCGCCGCCGCCCGCGGUGGUGAUGCACCACAUGGAGCAGGGGACUAAAGACUCGUCAACCACUAUUAACUUCUCGUCGUACUCCUCCGCUGCUACGACAUCGUUUAUGUCGUCGUUGACUGGCGACUCGGACAGCAAGCAGCAGCACCCCAUGUCGUCUUCCGCUUUCCAAAUUACCAACAUGUCCCAGGUCUCUUCCGCCGGAAAGCCGCCGCUUUCUUCGGCUUCGUUGAAGCGCAAGUGCAGCUCCGACACCUUGGGCUCCGGCAAAUGCGGCGCCAGCUCCUCCGGUCGCUGCCAUUGCUCUAAGAAAAGAAAGCUGAGAUUGAAGAGGGUAGUGAGAGUUCCGGCGAUAAGCUUAAAGAUGGCGGAUAUUCCACCGGAUGAUUACUCUUGGAGAAAGUACGGGCAGAAACCCAUCAAGGGCUCACCGCAUCCUAGGGGAUACUACAAGUGCAGCAGUGUUAGAGGGUGCCCGGCUCGUAAACAUGUAGAAAGAGCUUUGGAUGAUCCAUCGAUGCUAGUAGUGACAUAUGAAGCAGAGCACAAUCAUUCUCUCAAUAUUGCAGAGGCCUCCAAUCUCAUCCUAGAAUCGAGUUAGAUCAACAAAAAGCCUCUGUCUAUGAGUUUGAGCUUCUUUUAGAUGGAAAAAUCAAUGGUAGAGAUGUACUAGCUAGUAGUAGUAGACGUUACUGUAGCUGGGCUCGGACUCGGUUCAAUCUCGAAGGAGAUAGAGUGAGUUUGGUUAAUCAAUUAGUUCAUGUCUUCAUGAAUCAAAAUCAUUAUCAUCCUGUACAAUAUGGGAUUCCUUCUUCUUUGCUCCUCCUCAAAAACACUGUGAAUUAUUUUAGUCCUUUAACAAAAGAAAUGAGAAUGGUGGUGGAUUUGGUGAUCUAGUCUGAAAAAGAGAAAGUGGGUGUUUUUGGGUUGUGGUUGAUAUUUUGCAGCUUUCUAUUUGUCGUUGCUUUUGCUUUGGGUCUUCUCCUUCUUUGGAUGCCUACUACUACAUAAUCUCUGGUUGCUUUCUUCCUCCAUUACCAUAACCACAAAGCUUUUUCAAAUCAAAGAAAUAAAAGUAGGAGAAUUCAAGGAAAUGAAAGGGACUAGGUCAAAGAAUGAUAAAGAAGUGGACCAACAUGUCGUUUUGGUUACGGUUGACCAAAGCAAUUUCUGGGGUUGGACAGUUGCCGGUUCCAAACGGCUAAUUUAUUGCCACAAUUAUCAGCAAGGGUUUCGACUACUUCAAAUUCUCCUAUCAUGACAUACUUCACACCAAAAGUGGUCUAGUCGUCGGGCAUCAGCCAUGUGAAACUUUUUAAUCCGAGUUUGAUUGACAAGCCAUUAUGCCGUAAUGUAUUGUCGGAGCAUUUAACAUGUAUCUAGUGUUAAUUUACGACUAUGUGUUGAUAUUUUUUGUACAUUACAAGCUUAUUUGUGUAUUUGAUACCGCCGGAGGCCGUGAACAAUUUCUUGAUUAGGAGAAGGUGGGAGAUGGGUUUGAGAGGGAAACAGAGGCUUCUAUAAAUUAAAAACUGUUGGUUGGUGUUUGGUUUCUGGAAAAAGGUUGAGAUCAAAUGGGAGGGAAUUGGAAGAAAAUAGUUGGCCUACAAAAGGGUUCCAAAGUCCUCCAGACAAAGGUGUUGGACCUAGUAGCAGAAUUAAUGUUCAAGUCAAACUUUGUGGGUGCUCUCAAUUAUUUUUAUCUUCUUGUUUGUAUAUACCUUGGCCUGAAAGCCAGAUCUGCAGUGGGG